AUGACGUCAAAUCCAGAUGACACAUCUAUUGGUACUGGAACAACUGCUGUCUCAUCCACAUUCUCAAGCUCGUCCCCCUUAACCACGGACAUCACAACCACUUCAUCCACAAUCCAGACCACGAGCUCUACGUCUCUGAGCACCACACUAACAAGCUCCACAACCUCCACUUCUCCAACACCAAUCUGCAGUGGUCUCGGUACCAUAACUUGCAACGCCACCUGCCACGAUGCAAAGACUGAUAGACUUCAUUGUGGCCGCUGCGGCAAUGCCUGCACUCCUGGCCUAGACUGUGUGAACGGUGUCUGCGCCCGCCAACCUUGUGACUCAUCGUGCUCCUUCGACCGCUUUUGCAACCCGAGCAACAACACUUCUUCAGGUUGUAUCUGCGCAACCGACGAGUCCCAACACGGUGUUUGCUUCGACAAAGACAGGUACCAAUGUGGCAACGGGAAUCUUGUUCGCUGCUUGCAGACUGAGGCUUCGGAGGACUCUAGUGACCUUGGAUGUCCAGUCGGACAAGUUUGUAUUAAGGAUAUUUGCAGCUGUAACAAUACAGGUAUACCAGAUGCCGCGAAGCUGGGAAUUUGUGUAAGCACGGCAGGUUGCGGAGACUCAGGUACGACAAGCUUGGGUCCGUUGAUGAAAAUUGGAGAGCAGGAGAAGCGAAGAAGAUUGGUUGGAGAGUACAAUUGGUAG